GAACAAAUGGCUCCACAGUCCGUCGCUAUAUCUUUUACAGGAGGAAAGGAUAGUCUUCUAGCUCUUCAUAGAGUGGUUGAACAAGGAUACAAGGUUGCAGUGCUGGUCACUUUUGCUCCUCCUGACAAACCAUUCCGUGCUCAUCCAAUGGCCAUCAUCAAAGCACAAAGUCAAGCUCUCAAUAUUCCUCAUGUUAUAUGUACUAUUACUGGUCCUCAUUAUCUGGAAUCAUAUAGAGAAAAGUUACAACAAUUAAAGGAAGAAUAUGGUAUUCAUGGUUUAGUAACAGGUGAUAUUUUGCAAGUAUGUUCUGACUUUAUGGAACGUGCUUGUAAAGAUAUUGUAACUUUAAUACGACCUUUAUGGCAACUCUCACGACAAGAGCUACUACAAGAUAUGUGGCAACGUCCUUUCGAGAUAAUGGUAACUUGUAUUAACCGAAGAAAACUUUCUACUUCUGAUGAAAACAAUGGUGUGGGUGAUAUUUUAUCUUUAGAAUGGAUCAAGAAACAUGUAGAUAUCAAUAACGCAGACAUCUGUGGUGAAUAUGGUGAAUUUCAUUCUGCGGUCUUGGAUGCUCCUUUAUAUAUCAAUGGAAAAAUCAACGUGGAUGGAUAUCAAAAAGAGGAAGGGGAUUAUAUAUUUUAUCAUGUUUUAUCAGCAGAAAUAGUAUCACGUUAGAUAGUUUAUCAUCAUUAUGGCAUUCGAACAAUCCAUCUUUUUUACUUUUUUAUGUGCGGUCGAAGAUUCUCCGCCCUCAAGCCACACAAUAAAGAUUCUUUUUCCCUUUUUCUUUUUU